AUGAAACGCAGAUUUCUCGACACAGAGAUGAGUAUUCCACCAUCAUACGAAAACAACACAAGCGAUUCAUUCAUCAACGCGGAGAAUUUCGAUACAAACAUGGUGAUUAUAUUAGCAGCACUGUUAUGCGCAUUAAUCUGCGCUUUGGGGUUGAACACCAUAGCUCGGUGCGCCAUGCGAUGCAGCAGAAGAUUCUCGGAAGAAACACCGGAACAAGCCACGGCCAGGUUGAACAAAACAGGACUAAAAAAGCGUGAGCUGAGUAAGAUUCCGGUGGCGGUCUACGGUACUGGAGAAAAUAUUCCGGCGACGGAGUGCCCCAUUUGUCUCGGGGAAUUCGAGAAAGAAGACAAAGUUCGAAUGCUGCCAAAGUGUAAUCACGGGUUUCAUGUUAGGUGUAUUGACACGUGGUUGGUGUCACAUUCUUCUUGUCCAAAUUGUAGAAAUUCACUUCUUGAGAAAGAAAAGAAGACGGUUUGUUCUUCUUCUACGGUUGCCGGAGAUGGGUUGCCGGAAAAUGGUCCGGUGGUUGUUGAGAUGCAGGCAAGUUGA